AUGGAGGAGGCAAGGAGUUCCGAGGCUUGCACCCCGCAGACAGGCUACCAUGGCGGUGGCAGCGAGAGAAGCAGCCGCUUCUGCGGCGUGGAGGUCCUGGCUCCGAUGGUACGAGGCAGCACUUUGCCCUUGCGCCUGGAGAGCCUGAGGUACGGUGCGGACCUUGUCUGGGGUGAGGAGAUCAUUGACCGUAAGGUCAUCGGGGCUGUCCGCGUUGAGAACUCUGCCUUUGGUGUGGUGGAGUUUGUUUCACGGCAGGAGCAGGCGGCCGUCUUCUCCACGUGCGCCGAGGAGAGGUCGAAGGUGAUCUUCCAACUCGGCACUGCCAACCCUGGGCUGGCUGUGGAGGCGGCACACACGGUCUGCAGGGAUGUCUCGGGCAUCGACCUGAACAUGGGCUGUCCCAAGUCCUUCAGCGUCAAGGGCGGCAUGGGGGCGGCGCUGCUGGACCAGCCCGCGCUGGCGGCGGAGCUCCUGAAGACGCUGCGGAGGGAGCUGCCGCCGCAGACCACUCUCACGUGCAAGAUCCGCAUGCUGCCGUCCACGCAGAAGACGCGUGACUUCAUGCAGGUUUGCGAGCGGAGCGGCGCCGAAGCCAUUACAGUGCACCUCCGGCAGCGCCAGGAGCGGCCGGCGGAGCCGGCGCACUGGGACGAGUUGCCCCGACUGUGGGAUGCGGUGCAGAUCCCAGUCCUGGCCAACGGCGAUUUCUUCAACCGCCGGCAGAUCGCCGAGUUUUGGAAGCAUUGUGCCGCAACCGAUCCAAAUGGGGCGGCACAGGCACAGGACCGAUACGAGAAUGUCGUGAUGCGUAUUGUGGCUCUGAGAAGGUUCUGA